UCUAUUGGGAAAUCACAAUCUCGGUUUUGAUAAUAGUCCUCUGGUUUCUUCUUCUUCUUCUCAAAGUAACCCUCUGUCAAUGGUGUUUUCCGAGUCUUUAGCUGCUCAGAUUGAUAAGCAAGCAUUGGAGAGUGAUUGGUAUAUUUUAUUACAGAAUGAGAGACUCAGAUUAGCUCUGCAAGAGCAAAGGAAGCAUCAAAUGGCUAUCCUUCUAAGGAGGAUGGAAUCAAAGAUGGUGAGCUUACUGAGACAGAAGGACGAAGAGAUUACAAGAGCGACUAAAAGAACAAUGGAGUUGGAAGAGUGCUUGAGAAAGAUGGAGAUGGAGAACCAAGCAUGGCAGAGGGUACCCAAAGAGAAAGAAUCCAUGGUUAUGGCCCUCAGCAACACUUUAGAACAAGUCAAAGAGAACGUUUGUUACUUUCCAUCUGCCAGAGCAGAGGAUGUAGAGUCUUGUUGCGACAUCUCUCAGGCGCAUCCAAUAUUGAGAAAGAUGGCUUGCAAGGCCUUCAAUUCUCGAAGAUCGUGCGUUCUUUUCCUUCCUUGUAGGCAUUUCUAUUCGUGCAAGUCUUGUGAAACCUUUCUCGAUUCUUGCCCAUCUUAUAAUUCUCCACAAAAGGGGAGCAUAGAAGUCUUAAUGUUGUAGAGAAAAACAAAAAUAG